CCUUGCCUGCUAAGUCAAGAAAAUAUUUUACUUUUUUCAAUUGGAGAACUUUUUUCAUUGUGUGAAUAAAAUUUCAAAAAGCGAAAUUCUAUUGAUCUAAUACUAAUCCUUAUUAAUAAAAAAACCCACAAAAUGUAUGGCAAAACGUUUAGUAAAUAGCAAUUUGGUGGUUUUGCAGUGGAAGACUUAAAGAAAAUUCCAUUAAAAUUGCAUUGAACAAAAAAAAAGUGAAAAUUUCUAACACACACAACACGCAAGAGGUAAUCAAAUUCUUUUUUGUUACAAACAGCGUUUGUGUUAACUGUUAUUGUUGUUGUUGGUGGCGGUGGUGGUGGUCGUUGGUCGUUGUCGUCACUGCAUGAGGAGUAAAAUAAACCAUAAACCUAACGGCAAGAAGCAACCAAACUCGAACCCACAAGAAAACAUAUAGCAUCCAUAAGAUUGCUUUCGUUUGAUAUUAUUUAUAUUUAAUAGAGUGCGUCGCAUCUUAGCAGGGCUUACAGUCGUGGAAAUGAUUAUACAAGAACCCGUUCAGGCAGCCAUAUGGCAUUGUCUGAACCAUUAUGAUCACAAGGAUGCUGUAUUUCUUGCAGAACGUUUGUGUUCAGAAGUGGAAACUGACGAGACCAUAUUUAUAUUAGCGACCAGCUAUUAUCGUUCCAAUCUAAUACAUCAGACUUAUUGGUUGUUGAGAGAAAAAGCCCGUCGUUCACCACAAUGCCGGUUUUUACAGGCUAAAUGUGCUUACCAACUAAAGAAAUACGCCGAAGCUGAAUGCGCUUUGACCUACAAUGGUUUUGGUGAUAUGAAAAAUAGCUUUGAUGAGAUUGUUAAAGAGUUCGGCGAGAUUGCUUGCUUUGUGUUGCAACUAAUAGCACAGAUUUGCGUAAAGACGGAACGUAACAAAAUCGCAACAAUUGCAUUGCGAAAAGCGCUUAAGCUAAAUCCGUUCAUGUGGCAAGCGUAUGCUGACCUUUGUCAUCUAGGAGAAUAUCCAGACGCUGGCGCUAUUUUUCAAAUAACGAACACGGACGUCUUCAAUACGUGUCAGGGCAAUACGAAUACGAAUUCAAUGAUUCUAUUUGGUGCAACAAGUGCUAUGAACGAUGGCGGUUCAUUGCUGGAUAGCACUGGCAAAUGUAUCAAUAAUAUCAACAUAGCAAUGGAGAGCAGUGGCGGCGGUUUCAUUAGUCAAUUGAGUAAUAGUUCAAAUUAUAUUCUGACAACACCGGUUGAUCAGUUGCUAUCUGCGCCCAAUAAUGGUUUGGGUGCCUUACAGAAUCUUACAACGCCAAACAACAACAGUAAUAAUUUAAAUAGUUCCAUAACAAUGUUGAGAGGUAACGUAACCAAUUUAGGAGGUAUUAGUGGUAUUCAACAAAACUCUAGCUUGAUGAUGUUAGACGACACUCCAGUGGGUUAUGCCACAGAACAAAAUGCUGGUGUUUGCAUUGAUGUGGGUGCUAGUACGCCAUUCCGCAAAAAAUACAAAUAUCUUUCAACCAUAUCGCCUGCAACACCCAGCUUUGGAGUUAUUCCCCUUACAAGCCCCUGUGGCGGUGGUGACUCAGCGUAUUUAACAGCUAAUCUUAACAUAACCAAUUCUCCCUUGCCACAAACAUUAGCUGAAGUUAAUCAAGAGCCAAAAAUUAUCGGCAAAAAAAUGAAAACACAUAUUGGCAGUUUAAUUAAUCGCAAAGACAGUACAUCGAAUACGAGUAAUAGUAGCAAGCCGGCCGUAUUUACCCAAACCGGUAAUAUAACCCCCCGUACUCCUAAUAUUCCCGGAAAUGUAACUACAGGUCCGACAAUUCCCAAUGCUGCCGUACGUCGCAGUUCUCGUCUGUUCAGUCAUAGCGCCUAUUCCGUUAAGGAAAACAACAAAUCCCCAAAUAUAGCAAAUAAGUUUGUGCAGCCGCGUUCACCGUCACGCAAACCUAAAACACGUAUUGGUAAAAUUUGCCUAAACAAUGAACUGAUUGAAGACAAGUCUAUUAAUGCCCAGGCAAAUCCAGAGAAGCUCAGUGAGAAGAGUAUGAAAAAAGACAAAGAAAAAAUAGAGACAAUAACGUCUGCCACAACCGGUACAAAUCGUUCAACUACCGAAGACGCUAAAGUUCAGCUCAAUAAUAGUCUAAAUAAUGCCCAAACAAUGGCUCAUCAUCUAUUGUCUCUUAAGAAGCAAUCAGCCGAUGGUCUAAUGGUUUUACUACGUGAUCUCGCCGAAGGCUAUAAGCAGUUGCUGCAUUUUCAUUGUAAGUCAGCCAUAAGACAUUUGGAGAGCAUGAUACCAAAGCAUCAUCUUUGCUCAAGUUGGGUACAAUCGAUUGUCGGUAUGUGCUAUUAUGAGCUAAGGGAUUAUGAGUCUGCGGUAGCUACAUUUAAACACGUCCACGAGAAUGAGCCGCAGCGCUUAGAUUACAUGGAAAUAUAUUCGUCUUCAUUGUGGCACCUUCAAAGGGAAGUUGACCUUUCGGCCUUGGCUCAAGAUCUUAUGAAUCAGGAUAAAACUUCGCCCAUAACAUGGUGCGUAGCGGGUAACUGCUUCUCUUUGCAUAAGGAACACGAAACUGCGAUUAAAUUUUUUAAACGAGCGGUACAAGUGGACCCAGAUUUUGUCUACAGUUACACUUUAUUGGGCCAUGAAUUGGUUUUAACAGAGGAGCUGGAUAAGGCCAUGGACUACUUCCGCUCGGCUGUUGUACGCGAUCCUCGGCACUAUAAUGCCUGGUUCGGUAUUGGUACUAUCUACUCGAAGCAGGAGAAGUACGAAUUGGCCGAAUUGCACUAUAUCAAGGCUUUAAAAAUCAAUCCGCAAAAUUCUGUGAUCUUAGUGCACAUCGGUGCCAUGCAAUAUUUCAUGCAAAAGAAGGAACAAGCUUUGCAGACCUUUAACACUGCAGCUACUCUAGAUCCUAAGAAUCCCUUGGCCCGUUUUCAUCGUGGUUCAAUUUACUUCUCACUCGGUAGACAUCAGGAGGCUUUGCGAGAAUUGGAAGAGCUUAAAGAAAUUGUGCCAAAAGAAUCGGUAGUUUUUUAUUUAAUAGGAAAGAUCCACAAGAGCUUGGGUAAUGUAGACUCAGCUUUAAUGCACUUUAGCUGGGCUACCGACUUAGAUCCGAAAGGGGCUAAUAAUCAAAUUAAAGAUGCCUUCGAUUCAAUGUCACAUCCCAGCUGCUGUCCCACCAUCGAUCCCGGUUUAGAUGCCGAUCUGGAGCCUAUUUCGGAGCGUUCCGACGAUUCAACACAAGUUCAAGAUGUUAACUAUGAUAGUGACUUUUAAACCGGUUAGACGUGCUCAUAACCUAGAUUCAAGUCCAUUCGAACAUUGUUACUUGAAGUUUUCAAACUUUAUUUUCUCCUUUUUCCCUGCCGACUGACUGAUCGCUCGAUCACCUCUUGUAGCCGAAUGGACGGGCAAUACACUCACAUUGCAUACUUUGUAAUUGUUUUCUUAAUAUUUUUUUUUUUUUUUUUCGUUUUAAAUGUGUAUGUGUAAUAUUUCAACAUCUCAAUGUAAUAUGUAAUGUAAUGCAUAGUUAUUAUAGCAUUAAUGGCAAUCAAAUGCAAAAAAAAAAAAAAAAAAACAACAAAAACAAAAA